GCAACAAUCAGUGCGCCUGUGGACGUGGAAGGGGGAGGACGUACGCCGCUUUUGCUCCUCACAUUUUACAACACCUAAAUUUUUACCGAGGAAAAUUUUUGAAAAGUGAAAAUUUUGUGAACUGAAGAGUGAAAAUUAAGUGAGAAAAAAAAAGUGAUUAAAUUAGAGAGAGAGGUUUUGAUGGAAGGGGGAUCAGUUAAUGAAAGGAACAAUUUUGGCGUGGCGGCGGUGGUGGGCGGAUUGUUAACGGGUCGUGGUGGUGGUGGAGGUGGUGAUGGUGGUGGAGAGGCGCCCACACCCCCCCCAGGUGGUGAGUGCUGGAGAGUGGUAUUUGCCCCAGAUGGUUCACGGCUAGCUUGGUCCUGUGGAUACAGAAAAGUGGUUCUCCUUCCUUGGGAUAAGUACAAUAGCUGUUUACACACACAGGACCGACCUGAUCCAAGAGAUAUACAGAGAGGCCUACAAGAAAUACAGAAAAUUGAUAUUGACGCUGGCUUUCCUGUAACCAGCCUGGCCUUUGGUACCGGCGUUCCUGAAUCUGAACUUCACUGUAAGAGGAAGUACUGGUUACGAUUUGAUUUCACCCAAGACCUGAUAUUUGCAACUGGACAUCGAAAUGGCAGAAUUAGAGUUUGGGACCCAUAUACGGGUUAGUUGUUUGUGUGUUUGUGGUCAUAACUUCGUUCCUAACUGCGGUGGAGUGGUGUGGUUUGUGUGGGGGUGUUUCUGGGGCUUUGGUGUGGCUUGUGGUAAAGUUUGGUGGUUGUGUGUCUCUUGCUUCAUAGUUAAAAUGGUUGUUUUGAGAGUCUUAUCGAAAAAAUUUUUUUUUUUCAUUUUUUUUUCUCCACACACCUCCACUUUUUCCCCCAUAUCUCCCUCCACAUACCACCUCCACUUACCUCCACUUACACAGACCUUCCUCCAUGUUUCCUCCACCUUCCCUCCAAUUUUGACUAUCCUAUCUCACUUCUAUCAUAGUUAAAAUAGUGGUUUUCUAAAAUAGUCACACACCAAAACCCCACAAACUUUCCACAUUUUUACCUCCACACCCCUCCACAUUUUUCAUCAUAUCUCCCUCCACAUACCACCUCCACUUACCUCCACUUAUACACACCUGCCUAGAUGUCCCUC